AUUAAGGCAGGCACACCGCUCCAAGCAAAGCCACUGUGUAAACCGCUGUGGAACUUCUGUGGAACUUCUUCUGUGUGGUUCUCUCUCUCUCUCGCCGUGCCGCUGACAAGUGACUCUAUAAAAUUGUGAGACAGUGCAAGUGUCCGCGAAGAGCAGAAGUGCCAGUGCCUAGCCCAAGGUCGAAGAGCUGUGUAUGUUCGUUAUCAUCAAGAUGUUGCCCUUCCGUGUCGCCCCUUACCUGAGCCUCCUGCUGGUGCUCUGCGGCUCCGCCCUCGCCCAGGAGACCGAGCAGCCGCCCACGGGACUCCCGCCCGUGUUCGACAUCGACUUCGAAUCCACUGACGCCCAACUCACGGGAUGCCCUCCAGACAAGGUGUCCUUUGAACUGGUAACCGGCUACGUGUACUCAGCGCCCGCCGACAUGCUCGACUCGCAACCGGGGACGCUCAUGUUGACUGACUGCAUCGACAUGUGCAGGAAGAACCGCUCCUGCAUGGCCGUCAACUAUGAGACCGGGCUGUGCGUUCUCUUCUCGUCCAAUGCGGAUAUGUAUCCAGUCUUGGAAGAAAUUAUGUCUUGGUUUUAUAAGAUAAAAGAUCUAUUCUUAUGCUCACUGUAUUCCUUCUACGCCUAUACCCGCCCACACGCCCACUACACGCCCACGAGCUCUGCCAUGAGUGUCACGGGACCUCCUCCCAAGCCAUACUUUUCUGAGAAAACCAUUCAAAUUUAUAACAUACAACAUACAGAAUUUAGUAUACACCGUUCAGCAUUCAGCCCUCAGCAUACAACUUCAGCAUACAACCUUCAGAAAUUAGCCUUCAGCAUUCGACCGUCUCUCAACCGCACGCAAUGA